UACAUAUCUGUAUAUAUAUCAGCCAAAGAAAUCUGGCAUCAUAUUUGUUUGUAAGUUAUUCUGUGUGAUGAAAGCUAACGUUAAUCUAUGUCGUACUCAGGUCACGUUGAGCCCAUGCAGUGGUCUAUGCUAGCCCUGCUGCUCUUGUCCUGCAGCCAGAUGUUUGCCCAGCACCCAGGUGAUAUCUGUCCACAAAAGACAGACCACGGACAGCAUGAUGUCACGACAAACCCUGUGCCGACCGUGGAUCCUAAACUCUUCAACAAGAGACGGUACCGCUCACCCCGCGUUCUGUUCAGCGAACAACCCCCCGACUCAGAGCCUUCUGGACACCAGACGAGGAGCAGGACGAAGAGGAAAGCAGGAGCACCUCAACACCGCGGAGUUUACUCCGUCUGCGAGAGCAUUAGCACUUGGGAGGGAAAUAAAACCAAAGCUACGGACAUCUCGGGCAAUGAGGUCACCGUCUUGCCUGAUGUAAUCAUCAACAACUCCAAGAAAAAGCAGUACUUUUUUGAGACGACGUGCAGCAGCGGGCGGACUGGAGGAUCCGGGUGUUUGGGAAUCGAUGCACGCCAUUGGAACUCGUACUGCACCAAUUCACACACGUUUGUGCGAGCACUGACUUCAUUCAAGAACCUGGUGGCCUGGAGACUCAUAAGAAUCAAUGUAGCUUGUGUAUGUGUGCUGAGCCGAAAGUCUUGGAGACAAUAACAAACUGGCUGCUUUUCAACACGCCAGCGCCAGCCUUGUGAUAUCAGACUCAUAUUCCUCUGUGAUGUGAUGGUGGACAUUUUCCUUGUGCAAACCAUUAAAGACAACUUCUGACAUAAAACAGACCAUCUAAGGAGGAUAAAUGUGAUGUGUUUUUGUCAUAGGACACUACAAUGGACUUUUUUCAGUUCUUUUUUAAGUCUUGUUAAGAUAAUUGUUUUUUGAUUGUAGCAUUACAAGAACAUGUACAUUGUUGUGUGUGGUUAACUGUUAUUUAUUAAACCGCAUCAUUAUUGUCUA